AUGGCUGCUAGGUCUAGUACUCGUCGAGGAGGCCAGCCUCCUGGAGUUGCUAAGAGUCUUGGGUCGAAUAAAAGUUCCCCUGUGAAGAAAGGACUGGGCGCUGGCAAGGGUAAACCUAAGGUUGAUUACCCCAAACAGAACCCUUCAUCCACUCUUCAUGAUAUCCUGAGCGAGUUAAAUUUAUCCUAUGAUUCUAAUUUGGGUCUGCUUCAAGGAGAUGGUAUUGCUUUUCCACCAUCGGUUUCCGUGUUGAACAACGUCAAAGGUUUGUUUGAACAGUUGAUUGAAGAGUUGCAAUAUGUCAGUAAUUACGAUGACAAUCUCCUCAAGAUAAUUGAUAACAAGCUCAAAGAAAUUGAGCAUAAGCCUUCAACCGGAGAGGUGAAAGAGGAAGAGAUUGAUGGUACUGAGAGUGAACAGCCUGCUAGAAAAAGGCAGAAAGUUCAAAGUACCGAUAGGAUUGAAAUCCCAGACACCAAACCACAAGGGUUGCCAUUGAAGGAAAGCAGUAGUCAAAAAGUGGACUCGAAAACAUCGGUAAAAGAUGAAGCCAAAGAAGAUGAAAUUGGCGAUGACAACGAUGAUGAUGAUGAAGAUGAUGCAAUGGAAGAAGAUGAAGCUGGUGACGAUGAUGAGGAUGAGGAAGAAGCUGAAAUAGAAGGUGAGGCAGGGAUUGGAGGGGAACCUGGGGCUGAGGCGGCAGUAGAGGCUGACGAUGAUGAAGAGGAUGAAGAAGUUGAAGAAGAAGAGGCUGCAUCUGAAGCUAAACCAGUUGUCAAAGAAGGAUUCGAACAAGAAGGCCAUUAUACUCGUGAGAACGAUACCAGAGUCAAAAAUCCCAAAUCAGAAUUUGUUACAUCCCAGACGUUACCAGUGGCAGCGGUGGAACUGGGACUCUACGAUGAAAAUGGACUGGAACAAACUGGUGAAGACUACUAUAAGAGGAAAUAUGGAGUCGCUUCUUAUCCAACGAGCGAUUUGAAAGAGUUCCUGCCUGGAGAGCUUCCAGAUGAAGAUUUUACGAAAAGCAAACCACCAUCCCAAGUACAAUUCAGCACCUUUCAAAGCUAUUUGGAACCAUAUUUCCGCCCUUUUACGGAGGAAGAUAUCAAGUUCCUUAAAAAACAGUAUAACUUGCCCCAAAAUCUUCCGAAAAACUACGAUCCAAAUGUGACUCCAUUUGUAAUACCUAAAUUUGGUGCUCACUACAGAGAUACAUGGUAUGAGGAGGAUAUCAACACAGGAAUGAUUAAGAAAAAACCCAAUGACGUAGACCCCCGUCUGGCUGACCAAAAAAUGCGCCAAGAUGCUCUGAUACCAAAGGGGAGCGGUGCUUCUUUAACUGAUGAUGUCUUGGAGACUGAAAAGGUAUCGUGUGGUCCUUUAGCAUCUCGACUGCUUUCCGCUUUACUAAAAAAUGGUGACGAUACUGAGGAUGGUGAACCAGUGGACAAUGAUGACAACAAUAACGUUUCAAGCGCUAUUGGAAAUGAAGGAUGGACGCCCUCUGUGGAGACAUCCGAUUACGAGACUUUAGAUCAAAGAUUGAGGCGAGAGCUGAAGUAUAUUGGUGUGUUUAUGAACGUGGAACAAACUUUGAAGCGUGAAGGACACGCUGAUGAAUUAGUUAACUCUGUUGGAGUAACUAGCGGAAAUGGAGAAUUUGAAGAAGACUGGCUAAACAGUAGAGAAGACGAUGAAAUCUCAGCUGAAAUGAGAUCUUUGCAACGAGAGUUACGAAGGCUUACCAGAAAAAAUGUUCGAAGGAAGGAAAAGUUGAUUCCUAUAGUCGAGGAACAACUAGCAUGGCAGGAGUACCAGUCCAUUUUGGAGGACCUAGAUAAACAAGUUGAUCAGGCAUAUCUAAGGCGUAUUCGUGUUCCCCGCAAGAACAAGCGCAAGAAUGAAAGCCAGUCUUCUGGCCAACAAACUCAACAGCAGCAGCAGCAGCAACAACAACAGCAGCAGCAAGAUCAACAACAAACAGGAUUCAAAGCUCUUUUGGAUAAGCGCACGCGGUGGAUUGAAAAAAUUGGGCCUCUCUUCAAGCCUCCACAUUUAAUGAGACGACCACCAUCUGAGAGCGUUUUCAAAGAUGUGGACUUAGAAAAUGAUGAUGAAGAACUAGAAGAAGACGAUGAGAUGAAGGUUGACAUAGAUCUGCGAUGA